AAAAAUAUCCAUAAUCCUUUAAAUGUUGUUGUAUCUCUUAGGCUAAGAAAAGAUGGCUGAUCCUUGGCAAGAAUGCAUGGAUUAUGCAGUUACUUUAGCAAAGAAAGCUGGAGAAAUAAUCCGUGGAGCACUCAAAGAAGAAAUAUCUGUUAUGACUAAAAGUUCACCAGUAGAUCUAGUGACAGAAACAGAUCAAAAAGUAGAAAACUUCAUUAUUUCUUUGAUAAAAGAAAAGUAUCCUUCUCACAGUUUCAUUGGAGAAGAAUCUGUUGCAGCUGGAGAAGGCAGCAUUUUGACAGCUAAUCCCACGUGGAUUAUAGACCCUAUUGAUGGAACUACGAACUUCGUACACAGGUUUCCAUUUGUGGCAGUUUCAAUUGGCUUUGUUGUAAACAAAGAGAUAGAAUUUGGAAUUGUGUACAGCUGUGUAGAAGACAAGAUGUACACUGCCAGGAAAGGAAAAGGUGCAUUUUGCAAUGGUCAGAAACUUAAAGUAUCAGGCCAACAAGACAUUACAAAAUCCCUUUUGGUAACAGAAUUGGGAUCAAAUCGGGAUCCAGAGACUAUAAAAAUAAUUCUUUCUAACAUGGAAAGACUUCUCAGUAUUCCUAUUCAUGGGAUAAGAGCUGUUGGUACUGCAGCUGUGAACAUGUGCCUUGUGGCAACAGGCGGAGCAGAUGCCUAUUACGAGAUGGGAAUUCACUGCUGGGAUAUGGCUGGGGCUGGAAUCAUUAUUACUGAAGCAGGUGGAGUACUGCUCGAUGUAUCAGGUGGACCGUUUGACUUGAUGUCUCGAAGAAUAAUUGCUGCAAGCAGUCGAGCUGUAGGAGAGAGAAUAGCUAAAGCACUUCAGAUAAUUCCUCUGAAACGGGAUGAUGCAGCAAACUGAAUACCAAAGCUACAACUUAAA